UGAUGUUCCAUGUGUUUCUUAUAAUUAUUUAAACAGUUGAUGGACUGACAUAACAAGAAUAGUAGGAACAAUUUAGUGGUCAGCAGGUUAUCUGGUAACAAACACGAGCUGAGAAGUCACUUGUAUUCUUUUCUGUUGGAGAGUUAAGUCUGUCAGUAUUGCUAAUGGUAAAAUAUGGACCAGCAGGAUUGUUACACUGAUAACGUCUUUCUUUUAGGAGCAAAUGUUCUUCCACCUCCAUCCAACCUGGAAUACUCAUUUAUCCAGAUCUGCACCCUGAACUGGACAUGGAACCCUCCAGAGAACAUCAGCAGUGGCUGUGACCUGGAGUACUCCAGCGACAUCGUGAUUGAUGAGGUCCCUCAGGACAACAGAAAAUGGAGUAAGAGCCGCUUCCGCGUGGUGGAUAUGUUCUUGAAUGAGGAAGUGCGUUUCAAAGUGAGAAGUGAAUGCAAGAACACCAACACGAGCGAGCCCAGCCGGUGGGUGGAGGCCUCUCUCCUGCCAGAAGGUAUUCCAGGUACUGCUGCUGCCGACUUGAGUUGUGUUUGGCACAAUUUGGAGUACAUGGCUUGUACGUGGCGUCCUGGGAGAAAUGCAAGUGAUGAGACCAAUUAUAUGUUGUUCUACUGGUUUGAUGGUUUGAAGAAGCAUAAGAAGUGCAGCAACUCUUCUGUGCACCAAGGUGUCUUUGGAUGUGUUUUCAAUCUUAGCUUCCCAAAAGUCACCAAUACGUACCCAGCUAUAAAGAUUCUGAUUAGAGAUGAGUCUGAAGAAAUUAGGCCUCUGUGUGCAAGUAAAAAUCCCACCACCCUUGUAAAACCUGCUACACCGAGAAGAGUUACAGUGUCCAAGAGGAAUGAUGAAAUACAUGUGGAAUGGAGUGGAUCAGAUCCCUUUCCAGAAAACUGUUUAUUUUAUGAAGUUGAAUAUCACAAUGGUGACUUGGACACUGCUCAGAAAAUCAAAGUUGAAAGUAAUUAUACGUCAAUUCCUAGUGUUGAUCCUAACAGCAAGUACAUCUUCAAAGUGAGAGCAAAACCAAAGCCUGAGUGUUACAGCAGCAAGCUCUAUAGUGACUGGAGUGAAGAGAAGAGUAUUGGUGAGAAGACAGACUCUACAUUCUAUUUUGCUUUGAUAGUCACCAUUCCAUUAAUAGUAGCAGUCUCUACAAUAAUUCUACUGGUUUAUCUAAAAAGGCUGAAGAUACUAAUUCUUCCACCAGUUCCAGACCCUAGAGAAAUUCUUAAGCGCAUGUUUGGAGAGCAGAAUGAGGAUUCCCGGAGCUGCGCAAAGGAUGAUCCUGUGAAUGCUUAUGACAAGUUAAUUAAGGAAGAAGAAAUUCAUUCUUUAAUUUUAACAGAACCUCCAGAGUGCACUAAUUCUGAAACAGAAAACUGAUAAACUCUGCUUUACCAGAGAAAGGUGAGGAAACUCAUUCCUGCUCCUGUACCUCAGGUGACAAUGAAGAUGUGAAGAGGCCUCCAAGACAUUCACCAACUUUCACCUUGCUGAGUCCUCUCUGAGCGUUACUUCUCUGAUGCUCAGAAGAUAUAUCGCUAACAGUGGCCAUUCCUCCGUUUCUGCUAGAAACACUCAUUUUGUAUCAUUCAAGAUGAGCAUGUACAUAAAUUUCAUGGGACUGUAUUGCAGCAUCUCUCCUUCUGGCUCCAGCCAGCUCUGCCCUGUUCCAUGUCAUUUGCACUGUUUUUAUGCCUCAGACUAGACUGUAAAUGGGUUUUUUGGAGAACUGUGACUUCUCUGAAGUAUUUGGCUCUAUUCUGCAGCAGAUGAGCUGAGGCUUAUUUACAGUAGGUGGCUCCUUAGUGCUACUGUGUGGAACUGCUGCCAGAGCAUGGACCGUUUGCGGAUGGCCUGUUCCAUGUGCACCAGGGCACUUUCCGGAGGACAUUUAUGGACUGACCUUCUUAUGCUUCUUGUUGAUGCGCGUCAGCGGUGGCCUGGCAAACCCCGUAAGAGAGUUGUUUUUACCAAUGUGUAUGAAAAGCCUCUGCACUUUCCAGCUGGUAUUCAGACUAUUCAUAGAGAAGGGUGCUUUUUAUCCUUUCAAGUGCCUGUCCUCAGAUGCCUUCAUGGACUCUUUGGCUUAAUUAUACUUUGUUUAAAAUGAUAACUAUAACUUUUUCACUCGCAUUGUGCAGUGGCAAGUAACUGUAUUGAGUCUCACCAGACUGUGAUUCUACCUUGGCCACAUUGGCCUGAAAACACCUGAUUUUUGGAAGCUAAGUCAUCCUGAGUUUGUGCAGCAUAAUUACCAGGAUGGAUGCAUGAGUCUAAGGAGCUGUGGUCAGAUUAGCAAGUGCCAAACCAUUGAAACUGAAUUAAUUCAAAGGCUUCAAGACCCAUUCUCACUGCUGAGCUGAUGGAUUUGGGUGAAGAGGGGAUGACAACCUUGGCCUGCUUUCUAAGGGAUAAGCUAUAUUGUUUUGUUAGUGAUGGGGCUGUGAUUUGAAUUUCCCCUCUAGGAGCUUAGCAACUGAAAACAAGGUGCUGAUUUGACUUCAUAUCAAAACAAAUUUCUUCUAUAUUUUACUGCAGCAGCUUGAUGACUUUAAUGAUUAAGGGAUAUGAUCCUUUUCUGAUGGUUUUGUUUUGAGGUUGCUUUACCCAGCAAAGCUCAGCAGAUGUUCUCUGGCACAACUGUGACAGUUCUCUGCUCUGAAUUCUGAGCAGUAGUUUCUACCCUGUAAGGGUGUUAACAGCAGUACCUUGAUUGUGCUGGAGCAGAAAGUAAUGUCAUAGAGACAAGGGGAUCCAUGAGGAGAAAGGGGUCCAUGCAAGCUGCCUAUGGUUAGUGUUCAGGAAUUUCUUGUUCCUCCCAGCAAAGUACAGGCACGUUAGCCACUGAUAUAGUAGGUGUCAGCAGACUGGGAAGAGAUGUGCUCAGGAAUUUGCCAGGAGCAAAUGCUAUAACCACUGACCUUUUAAAUUUCAGCUCUGUCCUCAGAUUCCGUUCAGUCAGAACUCUGAAGUGAAAUGUUACAUCUUUAGAACACUUUUUGUUCUCCAAGAAGUAGAACUGAGCUUGCUUUUUAGUUGCACAUUUACAUCCUUUACCCUCUUAUGUAUUCCCUCCCUCUCAAGCCAAUUCUUUCUCCAGUCCCCACUGAGCCUCUCAACUGUGCAGUUUCCUCUACAUCUCUUAUCUACCUCUCGUUACUGGCGGUAGAAAGGGGAGGAGAAAUGUAGCAGGACAAGCAGACCCCACAUUAGCUUCAAUCUUUUACUUAUAACCAGGCUAAAAAAAAAAAAGACUAUAAAAAAAAUUGGUUAUUGAGAAAAAUGAGAAUAAAUCCUCAGGGAUUCCAAUGAGCUAAAACAAAAUUCAGGUUGUACAACAUCAGCUACCAGCACUAUCUGAUCUUGCAAAGGUAAAGUAAUAGCAUAGGAGAAAGGGUAAUUAAUUAAAUCCCUGUGCCAACUUCAUUCCCUUUCCCCCGCAAGAGUUAUUACAGCGAUAUAAAGAUUUCUCCAAUCUACCUCAUCUAGAAUCUUGCUCAUCAUAAACCACUCGACAAAGAGAUGUGUGAUUUCAAGAUAAGUAAGCAUAAUGGUAUAAUAUAAACUCCUGUGGCUUUCAGUAUAGCAAUCUAGGAAGAUGAGCCUCAAUUCUGUUGACUUUUGUUUUGGGGUUUGUGGUAAAACCAAAGCUCAUUUGUUUGAAAAACAAAAAGGAACCCUAAAUUUAUAAAGCUAAAGGAGAGAAAAAAACAGAUGGGAGGUGUUCAGCAAAAAGAAGCUGUAAACGCAAAGGAUGGUGUAGAUCACUAUAUGGAAAUGGCUUGGGUAAUUCUCUCUCAAAUAGUAGUCAUUGACACAUUUCCUCAUGGAUGGAUUUCCUGAGCCUGUGUUUUGGCAUGUGAAGUGUCUGAGUAUAUUUUCACCUUCAGUGUGUCUUGUUUAUGGUUAGGGGGGUUUUAGCUUGACAUUUUCCAAGUUUUGCUGUCAUUUGUUUGUUCUUUGUUGCAGUUACUUGAUCUAUGAGCUUGUUUAAAGACUGAAUAAAGAUGUUUGAAUGUUUUUCAAUA